GAUGGACUCGCAGGACCAAAAGCCAUUUCUUUCCAAUGAAGAUAACUGAAGGAGUUUGAUCUUCAUUACUUUCUAAUCACAGUUGUGAUUUUCCCCACAAAAAUAGAAUGGCAAGCAAAAGAAAAUCAACAACCCCUUGCAUGGUCCUUGCCAGUGAACAGGAUCCGGACCUAGAAUUGAUAUCAGACUUGGAUGAAGGUCCCCCUGUACUUACACCAAUAGAAAAUGCAGCAGCAGAAAGUAUCUCAAGUGAUGAAGAUGUUCAAGAGCUUGUAGAUUCUGACAAUCAACAAAAUAAAAAAGUUGAAGGUGGCUAUGAAUGUAAAUAUUGUACUUUUCAAACUCCAGAUCUUAAUAUGUUUACCUUUCAUGUAGAUUCAGAGCAUCCCAAUGUAGUGUUAAAUUCAUCCUAUGUUUGUGUUGAAUGCAAUUUUCUUACCAAAAGAUAUGAUGCUCUUUCUGAACAUAAUUUGAAAUAUCAUCCUGGAGAAGAAAAUUUUAAGCUAACUAUGGUGAAACGAAAUAAUCAGACAAUCUUUGAGCAAACAAUUAAUGAUCUGACUUUUGAUGGUAGUUUUGUUAAAGAAGAGAAUUCAGAUCAGAUAGAAUCUAUAGAAACUCCCUCAUCGGGGAUUUCUAUCAGCAAAACUCCUAUAAUGAAAAUGAUGAAAAAUAAAGUAGAGAAUAAACGGAUUGCAGUUUUCCAUAACUCUGAAGACAUUCCAGAAGAAAAAGAGAAUGAAACUAAAUCAGGUCAUGAAGAAGUAGUUAAAAAUCCAACUUCAUCAGCAUCUGAAUCUAAUACAAGUACUUCUAUUGUAAAUAGUAUACAUCCAAAUACUACAAACACUGUAGUUUCCCCAGCAACAGUUCUUCAACCUGGGUUAGCACAGGUGAUAACAGCAGCUGUAUCGGCUCAGCAGAAUUCUAACUUGAUUCCUAAAGUUUUAAUCCCUCUUAACAGCAUUCCCACCUAUAAUGCUGCUUUGGACAACAAUCCCCUUUUGCUCAACACCUACAACAAAUUCCCUUAUCCAACAGUGUCUGAAAUUACAGUUCUAUCUGCUCAAGCAAAAUAUACAGAGGAACAGAUCAAAAUAUGGUUUUCAGCCCAACGCCUGAAACAUGGUGUUAGUUGGACUCCAGAAGAAGUAGAGGAGGCAAGGAGAAAACAAUUCAAUGGCACAGUACAUACUGUACCACAAACCAUAACAGUGAUUCCUACACACAUUUCAGCAGCUAGUAAUGGUUUACCUUCCAUUUUACAGACAUGCCAAAUAGUUGGCCAGCCAGGUCUGGUCCUUACCCAAGUAGCUGGCACUAAUCAAUUGCCAGUAACGACACCUAUAGCUUUGACAGUUGCAGGGGUUCAAAAUCAAACUCAUAUGCAGAAAAGUCAGGUGCACAGUGCUCAGCCUACUGCAGAAACAAAGCCAGUAGCUGCAACUCCAGCUCCAGCCCCAGCUCCAGCUCCAGCCCCAGCCCCAGCCCCAGCCCCAGCCCCAACUCCAGCUCCAGCUCCAGCUCCAACACCAGCACCAGCACCAGCACCAGUACCCGUGCCAGCCCCAGCUCCAACACCAGCUCCAGCUCCAGCUCCUCAAUUAAUCAAGCAUGAAACUGCAUUAGUGAAUCCUGAUUCAUUUGGUAUCCGUGCAAAAAAGACAAAAGAACAGCUGGCAGAAUUAAAAGUUAGCUACCUUAAAAAUCAGUUUCCUCAUGACUCUGAGGUGAUCCGGCUUAUGAAAAUAACUGGCCUGACUAAAGGUGAGAUCAAAAAGUGGUUUAGUGAUACAAGGUAUAACCAGAGAAAUUCCAAGAGUAAUCAGUGUAUCCAUCUCAACAGUGAAGCUUGUACCCCUAUUGUUAUAGACUCUAGUGAUGAGACUGCAGAAUCCCCAACAAUUGUCACACCACAGCCUAAACAGCCAGGAAACUCUUUUCCUGAUUUUACUCCACAAAAAUUUAAAGAGAAAACUUCAGAGCAGCUGCGUAUCCUCCAAGCAAGUUUCCUCAAUAAUCCUAUACUUACUGAUGAAGAAUUAAACAGGUUAAGAGCACAAACCAAACUUACUAGAAGAGAAAUUGAUGUCUGGUUUACAGAGAGAAAGAAAUCCAAAGCUUCAAAGGAAGAGAAAACAGAAAUAGAUGAAAGCAAUGCAGGCAGUUCCAAAGAAGAACCUGGAGAAGCUUCUCCUCAAGAAGAAUCUGGAGCAUCUAAGUCAGUGACCACCACAAAUAAAGUGUGUAAAAAGUCACCAGAGCAGUUGCAUAUACUUAAAAGUGCAUUUGUUCGGACACAGUGGCCAUCACCAGAAGAAUAUGACAAGCUGGCUGAGGAAAGUGGGCUUGCUAGAACAGACAUUGUUAGUUGGUUUGGAGACACACGAUAUGCUUGGAAAAAUGGUAAUUUAAAAUGGUACUAUUACUAUCAAAGUGCCAGUUCAAAUAGUAUGAAUGGACAGGCUUCCUUUAGGAGAAGAGGGAGAGGAAGACCAAAGGGGAGGGGAAGGGGAAGACCCCGUGGGCGGCCUAGAGGAAGCAAAAGACUAAACAACUGGGACCGUAUACCAUCACUCAUAAAAUUUAAAACUGGAACUGCAAUACUUAAGGAUUAUUACAUGAAGCACAAAUUUCUUAAUGAGCAAGACCUUGAUGAACUUGUUGCCAAAUCACAUAUGGGUUAUGAGCAGGUCAGAGAGUGGUUUGCAGAAAGACAAAGAAGAUCUGAGUUAGGAAUAGAGUUAUUUGAGGAAAAUGAAGAUGACGAUGAGAUAAUAGAUGAUCAGGAAGAGGAUGAUGAAGAAACAGAUGACAGUGACACCUGGGAACCCCCACGACAUGUUAAGCGGAAACUCUCUAAAUCAGAUGAUUAAAAUUCUUAUGUUUUUCUUUUAUAGUUACCUACAAUGGUGAAGGGGACUCAAUUCUUGAAUUCAAGAAAUCUGAUUUACUGUGAAUGGGCUUAAUCUUUAAUGAAACUGAGAAUAUUUUUGGACAUAUACACAUUCUCAUAACAUAGGAUUGAAUACUCAAAAGGAAUGGAACUUAGUGUUGUGCCAAAGUUAAACUACUGCAGUUGGUGGAAGUUCUGCACUGUAAAUAGAACACUGAUUAAAAGACAACUUGUAAAAAUUCAGAUUUUAAUACAGUACAUUUUUAUUCUGAUAUGGGAUGGAAACAUUCUGUUACUUGGGCUUUUUUGAGGGAAUUAAGUGACCACUAGAUUUUGUCCUCUUAUAAUUUUGUCCAGCUUAAUACUGUAUGUUCUGGUAAGAUGGGCUUCAUUGCCUGUGUUCUUUGAUAUGUGAUUAAGCUUAUAGCUUUGAGUGACCAAACAUUUUACAGAGUAAAAGUUCUUAGAAACAGUUUAAAAAAUGACUGAUUUAUUUCUGUGUCUUAUUUAUCAGGCCCUGCACUAAUGUUGAAAGUUGUGCAUGUGCUUGUACAACUUAUACAUAAACAAAAAUGCACCAUAUUUAUACAUUUUGGAACCCUAAGCCACAGGGCCUAUGUCAUUGGCUUUUUCAAGUUGAAGACAUCACUUGGAUGCUACUAUUAAUAUCUGUAAUACUUCUGUUUAUAUUUUAAUUAAAGGCUGAUUUUGCUUUUCAUUAAACUGAAGAAAAUGAUGUACUGAAUAUGGAAAAAGGCUGGCAUACACAUUUACAAAAAGAAUCUCUGAAAUAAACUUUGUACCAAAAAUGUGAAAAAGAAUAUGUAGUAAAUAUAUGCUUAAUGAGUGUUUUUAACAAUAUUGUAAACUAAUGUACAGAAAACGCAUCAGUCCAGAAUUUUCUAGAAUUCCAAGAUUCUACCUUGUAUAACAAAUUUAGUAGCUAUAGGAAAAAAAUUCCUAAAGUAAUAAGUAUAAUUAGCCAUUUAAAUGCUAGCUUUUGCUCGCAAACUAUUGUAGUAUUAACAACUAUUUUGCUAUAUCAAGAGACUAAAAGUUCUUAUUAACUUAUUUGUAAAGACUGGUGCUGUUCAUUCCUAUUUAGGGGAAAGACUUUUGUUUGUGACUAUAGGACCAUUUAAAAAAAUAUGCUAUCUUCAUUGAAGAAAAAUUCAGUCGAGUUUUUUGUUAGUAAAAUACUUUUCUGAACGACCAGAUCUAGUGGGCUUCACUAGUUUAUUUCACCUAAUUUAAUGGCUGAUAAAUAUUGAGCUUUUGAUUUUUACCUAAACGUUUGUCAACUAAGAGAAAGUUAUGAAAGAGCUUUGGAUAUGCAUGCUGCUUUCAUUUUUAUAAAUGGUUUUUUAUUUUUUAAAUACAGCUUUAUAAGUAUUUCCCAAAUACUACAUUUUAGCUGAUCUAUUCACUACAGACAGCUGGCUUUGUGAAUGGCUUUUUUCAUACUACUGUUAACUUUUAUUUUUACAAUGUAAAGACUGCAGCAAUUUAAUGCACUAUUUUUUUUCACUUUUUUAAUAACUUCAUAGAGCACUCUGUACACUGUAAUAAUUAAAUUGCCUCUUUUUUAACCUUUGCUAAAUGUAGUCUGAGUUCUGUUUGACAGCAGGUUUUAAAAAAAUGUUUUCAGUUGCUGCAAUAAGUUGUGCUUCAACUAUUGUAAAAUUAAGCCUUUGAACAUAUUUGUUGUGCUUCCUAAUAUUAACUCUACAUAGUUGUAAAUAAUUACUAGUUAUUUUUCCAGACCCGUGUCCUUUGCAGCUUCAGCAUUCGAUAUUUCUCUGAUGUUUGCUAUCUUUUAACAAUUAUUUGACAGAGCAAAAGAAAAUUCAUUUAGCUAAAAUGUGUCUGCAUACAUAAUAAAAGU